AUGAAUGAAAAGCAAAUGUUGACGUCAGUUGCCCUUGGUUGUUUUCGCGCUGUUCUGUUCCUGCUGCUGGUCAGUAGCGGCCGCCCGCCGCCGGUUCGAUGCUCCGUGGGCCGCACGGACUCCUGGAGCGAUUUGAGCCAGUACUCCUAUGGCACCAUUUUCUCCCAGCUGCUCAAAGCUUUGUCCGAGCACGGAGGCUCCAGGUGGAACCAGGCCCCCGUGAAAAAGAUCAAACCCGAGAACAAGUACAUCAAGUAUUUGACGGACACUGCGUUCAAGAAAACGUCCAGAGCGCAGAGAAGUUUAGAAGGGAGCGCGCGCUACAACGUCGUCAGGCUGAUCAAGCCGCAAGAGCAAUGUCUUGCCAAAAGCAAUAAAGAGGGUUUCACACUAGACCUGUCCUACAGUCUUGAUCAGGUUAGAGAAAAAGAGCAGCUCACAAAGGCGACGCUCCUGUACAGUUCAGCCCACGUCAACUCUGUGUGCUUCCUGAGCAUCAAGGAGCAGGAGCACUCCAACAAAUGUCCCCUGUGUCCCGGCAUCCACCAAGCUAUAAACUUCACAGCCGCCAUCGAUGGUCCAGGAAGAGGAAACUGGGCGGAAGUUGACAUAACUCCACUGAUUCGUCCGCCUUCAAAAUUCCCAAAACACAAUGUCCACCUUCAAAUAGGCGUCAUGUGCCUCAAGCAGCAACACGCCGGGCACGAAGGCCCUUUGGAGUUUGCCGUGGCGUCCCCGCCGCUGUUGCUUUAUCUCCAUGACGACAGCAAAGCGUCACACCAGAUGUUGCCAUCCACCGCUGCAAACGGGCUUCGCGGGCAGGUGUUUUUCAAAGCCCAUCAAGUUCUUCGAGCCAAGCGGCGGCAAAGAAGGGCGUCCGCUAAGAGCAAACGAGGUGAUAAUAGCCUGGACAUCCACUUGCCGGAGCUUCUUCCAAGCUCAGAAUUCCCAACAAGUUACUGUGCCUUGUAUGAUUUCAGAGUGCGCUUUAGCCAGCUCAAACUGGAUCACUGGAUCGUUUUUCCGCCCAAAUAUAACCCGAGGUAUUGUCGAGGCAUCUGCCCGCGGACAGUUGGCUUCAUCUAUGGCUCGCCCGUCCACACCAUGGUACAAAACAUCAUAUAUGAGAAGCUCGACUCCUCGGUGCCGAGGCCGUCGUGCAUUCCGUCCCAUUACAGCCCCUUGAGCGUCAUGAUCUUCGAGGAGGACGGCUCGUACGUUUACAAGGAGUUUGAAGACAUGGUCGCCACCAGGUGCACCUGCCGCUAAACCAACCAACCAACCGCCAAACCACUCAUUCUCUCCUUUUUUUCAAAAUAUGACCGUAAACCUUUGGUGCAUUAUUCAAAUAGAAGAUGUUCUGACCAGGCUCUGUGAUUUCAUCAUGGUUAAAAUCAUUGUGCAUACAAAAUAUUUGUUCUGGAGCAGGUGUGUUUACUUAAGCAAUGUAUUUUAACAUUGGGAAAGUCAGUUAAACAAUAUUUAUUUCUUUUUUGCUUGAUGCCUUAUUAGAAAGGAUGCAAAUUCAUCCUGUGUGUCACCUCUCCAAUAGGGCACUGAUAUGAAACACUGAAAAAACAAAGUGAAGUUCAGUAUAUAAUUUUGUUUUUGUUUUUUUUAACCUUAGAUUUUUGUUAACUUAUUUUGUCUGUUUUUGUUUAAUUUAACACAGUAUUAAUUCGCCCUGUUCUGG